AUGUCUCAAAAGUCAGCGAUUCUCUCCGUCUACGACAAGACCGGUCUUCUCGACCUGGCCAAGGGCCUCGUCAAGCACAAUGUACGACUGCUCGCGUCGGGAGGUACGGCCAAGAUGAUCCGGGAGGCUGGGCUCCCCGUCGAGGAUGUCUCGGCCAUCACCCACGCCCCUGAGAUGCUUGGUGGCCGGGUCAAGACGCUGCACCCAGCCGUGCACGGCGGCAUCCUGGCUCGCAACAUCGAGUCCGACGAGAAGGAUCUGGCUGCGCAGAAGAUCGACAAGGUCGACUUUGUCGUCUGCAACCUGUAUCCGUUCAAGGAGACGGUGGCCAAGGUCAACGUGACCAUCCCCGAGGCCGUGGAGGAGAUUGAUAUCGGCGGCGUCACCCUGCUGCGGGCGGCGGCCAAGAACCACUCGCGGGUGACCAUCCUGUCCGACCCGACGGACUACCCGGAGUUCCUGCAGGAGCUCGAGGCCGGCGAGGUCACCGAGGCCACCCGCAAGCUGUACGCCCUCAAGGCCUUUGAGCACACCGCCGACUACGACACCGCCAUCUCGGGCUUCUUCCGCAAGCAGUACGCCGGCAACGGCGAGCAGCACAUCGCCCUGCGGUACGGUACCAACCCGCACCAGAAGCCCGCCUCGGCCUACAUGGUCCAGGGCAAGAUCCCCUUCAAGGUGCUCAACGGUUCCCCCGGUUACGUCAACCUGCUCGACGCCCUCAACGCCUGGCCCUUGGUCAAGGAGCUCAAGCAGGCCCUGGGUCUCCCCGCCGCCGCCAGCUUCAAGCACGUCUCGCCCGCCGGUGCCGCCGUGGGUACCCCGCUGAACGAGAAGGAGCGCAAGGUGUACAUGGUUGACGAUAUCGCGGGCAUCGAAUCGUCCGGUCUUGCCCAGGCGUACGCCCGCGCCCGGGGUGCGGACCGCAUGUCCUCGUUCGGCGACAUCAUCGCGCUGAGUGACGUCGUCGACGUCCCUACCGCCAAGAUCAUCUCCCGGGAGGUCUCCGACGGUGUCAUCGCCGCCGGCUACACCCCCGAAGCGCUGGAGAUCCUCUCCAAGAAGAAGGGCGGCAAGUACCUCGUCCUGGAGAUGGACGAGACCUACUUCCCCGCCUCCGAGGAGACCCGCACCCUGUACGGCGUGCAGCUCACCCAGCACCGCAACGAUGUCGUCAUCUCUCCGCAGAAGACCUUCAACACCAUCGUCACCCCCAAGGAUCUCCAGCAGCUGCCCGAGGCGGCGCUCCGCGACCUCACCGUCGCCACCAUCGCCCUCAAGUACACGCAGUCCAACUCGGUCUGCUACGCCCUGAACGGCCAGGUCAUCGGCCUGGGUGCCGGUCAGCAGAGCCGGAUCCACUGCACCCGUCUCGCCGGCGACAAGGCUGACAACUGGUGGAUGCGCUUCCACGAGCGCACCCUCGCUCUCAAGUGGAAGCAGGGCGUCAAGCGCGCCGACAAGAGUAACGCCAUUGACCUCCUCUGCUCGGGUCAGACCCCGCGCAACGAGGCCGAGCGCGUCGAGUACGAGCGUGUCUUUGAGGAGGUUCCCGCCCCCUUCACCCCGGAGGAGCGUGAGGCCUGGCUCAAGAACCUGGACGGCGUCGCCGUCUCGUCGGAUGCAUUCUUCCCCUUCAUUGACAACGUCUUCCGCGCCGCCCGUUCCGGUGUCAAGUUCAUCGCCGCCCCCAGCGGUAGCCAGAACGACGGCCCUGUCUUUUCGACGGCCGAGAAGCUCGGCAUCACCUUUGUGGAGCAGAGCACUCGCCUGUUCCACCACUAG